AUGUAACAUACCAAUAAUAAAGCAAAAAAGUCCUACUCUUUUUCUAAAGCAAAACGGUUUUCAUAAACAACAACAAAGUAAUCCUAUUUAUUAAUUAGGCUAGUUACAUUAUGGCUAACUACAAUAUUAAUAGAAACUUAAAUAAUAAAGGUCAUUCUAUUGGUAAAGGUCCUAGAUCAGAUUUUACUAAAUCCUUUAGUAAUGCUCCUCCUCCAACAUAAUAUAUCAUAUCCAGUCUAUUUAAUAUAACUAAAGAGAGAGGAAUUACAUUUGGAAUAUCAAGAGAAGUUUGACAUUUAAUUUAUAUUCAUAUUAGAAAACAAAAGAAUUAGGAUAUAUUACAUAAGGAAUUCAGAGAAAUCCUGGAGUAGGCAAUUAUAAUUGUUCCUAUGGUUAUGAUCCAAAAAUAUAAUAUACAAUGAGACCUAAAACAUAAUCUAAUUGGUUACCAAGUAAUAAAUUGAUACAGAUUUAGAUUUCUUAUAAGAGUAAAGUUUAGAUUGCAAUCCUGGACCAGGAAAAUAUGAUUCAUCAGAUAUUGAUUAAAUGGGUUAGACUGUAUAUGCUAGAUAUAGAAGUUCUAGAUGCUCUAAAAUAGGAAAAGAGGAACGAUUUUAAAAAAUAAGUAGUUAAGAAUAUAAUUUAGGACAUAGUAGUCCAGGUCCCAAUACAUAUAAGUAAACAGAUGGUUUAAAUGAUUCUGGAUUAUAUUUUGAAUCAAAACAUCGUGGUCAUGGAAAGAGAAUCAUUUGUAAAGAGCCAAGAAGAAGUUUUAUUGAUUAAAUCUACUAAAGAAAAACAUAUGAUAAAAAAUUUUUAAACCUUUCAGAUAGGGUUUUAGAUUCUCAAAUCAAGUUAUAUGAAUCAGAAUAUUGA